AUGUCUGAACAAGAGCGAAUACAGGAAUGCCUGAGGAAAGAAAUAAGGUCACUUCUCAUUUCCACCAAAGAUGGUUUAACCCCACAACAGUUGGAAAAGGAGUACCUUUUCAUGGUUGGCAAUCAUCUACCACUCCGAAUCCUUGGAUAUCGGUCUACUAUGGAGCUGGUUUUGGACAUGCCUGAUGUUGUUAGUGUCUGCCCCUGUGGGGAUGAUACUGUAAUAUUGAAAGCUAUUCCAGAUGAAUCCACCAAAGGAAUAGCAAGUUUAGUCGCAAAACAGAGGAGCAGCCAUAAGGUUCGAAACUCCAUGCUGAAGGAAAGGGGCAGUGUUUGCCCUGGACCGAGCGCUCGUGGAAGAGUACCUUACCGAGGAAGAGUACCCCCUAUUCUUCCAGCUGUUGUAAAGAGUGAGUUGAAAGAUCUCUUGGCAUUAUCUCCAGUUCUUCUUUCGGAUUUUGAAAAGGCUUUUGCCAAGCGAUUUGGACGAUCAUUCCAGUAUGUGCAAUAUGGAUUUCUCUCUAUGUUUGAAGUGCUGAAUGCGGCUUCAGAUGUCAUUUCUAUAGAGCAGACCAGGGCUGGUUCUUUGUUGACACUAAAGAAGAGCAAAUCAGAGGAAAAGCAGAGAAAGUGGCCAGCAGGUAAAAUUUUUGCCCAGCCAUUUAGAAUGAAACCGCAAGAAACAUUGUCUCCAAGCUCCCCCAUAUCAAGGGUGUGCUUUUCACAACUCACUUCAAACAUGGAACCACCAAAGCAAAUAUUGAACAUGGACGAGCCUUCCAAAUCAAAUACAAUGGAGACUUUAAGGAUGAGUCACACUGAAAAAUUAAACCAGUUGGAAAACACGUUUAAAUCAGUCAUUGCCCAACUUGGACCUGGAGGAACUGUCAGUCCAGAGAUAAAACAAAAGAUAAAAUUUGUUGUAUCCAGGUUUCCAGAAGGUUUGCUUAUUUCUAAACUGCUUGGAGAGUUUGAGGAAAGUUUUAAAGAGCAACUUUCCCCUCAAAAAUUGGGCUUCUUAAAUGUGACAGAACUUGUUGGAGCUCUUAGCGACAUUCUCCACGUUGAAUUCAGGGAAGGAGAACAAGACUUACUAGUGUUUGAUGCUGAUAUGAAGUCUGUACCAUCUGUCAGGAAUUCGUGUUUCGUUCAAUCAGAUAAGAAAGUGGAAGACAAAGGCAGUCCCCCUAGAAAUUCACCGUCUACUGCUGCUGUCAAGGAAACUACAUGGAAUACUCCAUUGAAAAAUCUUAAAGAACUAGAACAGAAGAUUCACAAGAAACCUAAUCUUGUGGUAAAGCCUUUACAGCUGCAAGUGGGCAUAAGCAAAUCACAGCUCAGCUUGGCAAUGGCAAAUCAUGAUAUCCCACCAGAUGCUGUACGGGACAAGAAAUUAUACAGACUCCCACCAUUAGACACCAGUACUCUUGUUGGGGUCUUUGUGGAGUAUAUCAUCUCUCCUAGUCAAUUCUAUGUCCGAAUCUAUAGCAGGGAUUCAUCAGAGUUACUCGAAGACAUGAUGAUUGAAAUGCGGCGCUGUUAUUCUAAUCAGCUGGUUUCUGAUCGAUAUGUCAUGCCAGACUAUUUAAUCCAACCAGGACAUCUCUGUUGUGUAAAGAUUUCUGAGGAUAAGUGGUGGUAUCGUGUCAUUAUCCAUCGAGUCCUUGGGAAGCAAGAAGUUGAAGUGUUCUAUCCAGACUUUGGAAAUAUUGGAACUGUCCAGAAGUCCUCUCUGAGGUUUCUCAAGUGCUGCUACACAAAGCUUCCAGCACAAGCUAUCCCCUGUUCUUUGGCUUGGGUGAGACCGGUAAAGGAGCACUGGACAUCCAGAGCUGUUUUGCAGUUCCAGAAGUUGUGUGGUUUGAAGCCAUUAGUGGGGGUAGUGGAUGAAUAUAUAGAUGGAAUCCUUAACAUUUUUCUGUGUGAUACCACCUCCAAUGAAGAUGUCUACUUCCAUCAUGUCUUGAGAACAGAGGGCUAUGCAAUUGUAUGCCAAGAAAAUGUCCCUUCUAAGGGUUUCAGAGAACUCAACCCUUUAGCUUUGUACACUGAAUCCAGUCCAGAGGCAGAGGAUGUUGUCUUAACAGAACUGGGUUACCCUUCCCAGCAGCACUAUUUUAAUGAAGGCCAAGAGAUAAAUCCACAAUCGAAAGAGAAUGAGCCACCUACCCUGCAAGUUAUUAAUGAUGAAAAGGCUUUAAGUCACCUUAAAUCUGAGUCAGAGUUAAAGGAUUCUGAGUUCAGUUCUUUGAAAACCAAAGAUAAGAGCUGUGAAGAAGAUCCCAAGUGGCCCAACUCAGUGUCAGAGAAUCUGAAGGAAGAAAAUGAGGAUGAGAUUCCCACUGGAAUGCCAUGCCUGGAGUCAGUGACCAUAGGUGAUAAUAUUUGGGAUGAGAGCUGGUUAUCUCCACAGGCUAAAAUGGGAAAUGGAGGUAAUGCUGCCUCCCAACUAUUUACCUCAAGGCUUGGUGGAAAGAAACAGUAUUCAUCAUGUAAAGAAUUACCACAGAAGAAUUGGUGUCUUACUACACCCCAAGAUAUAUGGGAUGAUUCAUGGCAGCCUUAACUUGUGAAUGGAAUGAAAGUAAUAGGUCAAAAACUAGGACUAGGUGCUCAGGAAAAAAAUACUAGCACAAAUAAGAUUCAAAAGCAACCAGACUUAAAAGGUUCUUUGGAUUCUUCCACACUGCCCAAGUCAUUGGAAGAGUUCUACAUCUCUCUGAUCCACUCUCAGCAGUCUACAGAAGGGAACCAGUUUGAGCCCGACAGCAUUCAGACUAAGGCAAAGCAAAUUCAGUUAUCCACAGCAGCACCCAGUGUAACUCCUGCAAUGGGUGAUUCCCCAGAAGGACACUCUGGCUCAGUGGAAAGCUCCCCAGGGAGUCUAAAGAAUGAAGAUUUUUCUAGUAGCCAUGCUAUGACACUGUUCAAAGACAAAAGUCAAGAAGCCAUGGACCAGAUCUCUUUGAUUUUGUCUCCUGAACACCAGAUUUCUCAGAAGCUCUACAUUCCUCGGAGUACAGCCACUGCUGCCUUAGGUGCUGCCGCACGGCUAGCCACAUCCGGGAGCUUCCUGCACUGGUACCCUAGUAUGAAAAGGAUGGAAGCAUGA